AACAUAGAUAAAUAACAAGUCUACCUCGUAGAAACAAAGUUUGGUCUAAACUCAACUUAAUGCAUCAAAUACUAUGCAUACUGUUGUAUUCGUUCAAUACAAUGCAUUAAAAACAUUGUCUUGACCUAAUAAAUGUCACUCUCAAUUUGCAACGAGAUACGUGUAUUUCUCAACUUAUUCAUGCAAAUCGUGUAUAAUACCAUCAUGGAAAUACAAAAGAAUACAGUUAUUAUGUGGCUCGUCUUUAAAUUACCAAGUUUGGUUAAAUGAGUAACGAUUUUGCAAUACUAAAGAUCAAUAAAGUUUAUGAAUCGAGGCGUGUCUGCACUUUUAGCUCAUAACAGUACUACGUUAAACGCCAAGGAUAGUGGAUAAAAUUAUAGUAGGUAAAGUGUAAUCUAAUUUUGCAAACAAAUCGGUUCGUUUCGUCUUUGAGAUAGAGUGCUUUAAUCAUGUGAUACAUCCGAUUAUUGUACCAGUAUUGUGCAUUUAGAUCAAUGUGUACGUGAUAAAUUAGAGUGUGACAUUUACACACGGAAUGGAAGUUUAUGUAUUCAUACUGAAAGGGAAUUAAGCUGAAAAUUAAAUAUGGCCGUCGCUGGCCGUAAGACGGAAACAAAAUUGUCAGCAAUCGGAACAUCACUAAACAUUUCGCAUAAUUGUGGACCUUGUGAAACUGAUAAGGACCAUAUUGAAGCCUAUGGGUACUGCAUAGAUUGUGAGGAUUAUCUCUGCAAUGUUUGCUUUAAGUCGCACGGUAAAAAUAAAGCGUCUAGACACCAUACACUUCUCACUUAUGAUGAGAUAUCGACUGAAAAUGUAUCUCAACUAAAAACCAGUACAUGUACGGACAUAUGUACCGUACAUAAAAAAGAAAGUGUCAAGUUUUUCUGCUCAAAGCAUAAAGUUCUUGGAUGUAAUGACUGUAUGACACUUGGACAUAGAACAUGUGUAAUUCAGUACAUUCCAGAUAAAUGUAAAGGCAUAUCAGACUCCUUGGAGUACAAAACCACAGUAAGUUAUUUAGCACAAGAAUUAGAAGAAAUAAACUCGCAUAUUGUGAAAGUUAAUGUCAAAGAUGGCAUUGCAGAAAGUAUGCAUGAUCAAUGUAUAAAAGAAAUAAACAAUUUCCAAACUCAGUUAAAUGAACGCAUUGAUCAACUACGAAUACAGAUCCAAAACGAUGCCGACAAGAUAAAGUCAAAAAAUAAAGAAGACAUUCAAAAAGUCGUAAACGCUUUGCACGAGAAGAAAUCAAGACUGGAACAAGCCGAGUUUGAUAUAAACAAACACAAAACUGCAAAUCAAGAAGGACAGCUGUUUAUCAGCAUAAAAAGAGCACAGUCGGUUCUCCGCGAAAAAGAAAGGAACGUGAGUCACAUGUCUGUUACGAAUGAGAAUAUGCUUUACAAAUUCGAGCCUAGCCACCGCCUUAGGAGUAUUCUGGCAGAACCAGACAUUUUUGGGAAGCUAAAUCCACAAUAUCCGGAAUCCGUCGAAAAUUUGGGGCAUGGGCCACAUCAUGGAACUAUUAAUGAGAAACCAGAAAAUAAAACAGGGGAGCCAGAGAUGCUAGUUACCGAAGAGAAGCAAACAAAAAUAGUGGUCAGCAACCUGCCCUCAAGUGUUCAUGUAGAAGUUUUAGAAAUGUUUUUUGAGAACACAAGAAAGUAUGGUGGUGGUCCUGUGUUCCAUGUUGACAUUGAUGAAGCGAAUGGUACUGCUACUGUGGAAUUUGAGGAACCAGAAGCUGUCGAUAUUGUCUUAAACAAAUGUCCAAUAAUGAUGCUGGGACAAAAAGUUGAAGUGACAGUUUACAAGCCAGAGCCUCCUGUUCCUCGGAGUACUAUCGAAGUGACUGGUCCAUGCAGUAUCGUGUGUACGGAACAGCUUGAGACAUUGGAAAUGUGUUUUGAAUGUUUUAGACGAUCCGGUGGUGGUGACGUAUGUGAUUGUAGAUUUGAUGAAGAAAAUAAUAUGGCCCUUGUAACAUUUGAGAAUGAGGAAGUGGCACUUAGGGUUCAAGAAAGAGUGGGUCAUGUUAUAGCAAAACAAAAAGUCAGUGUUGCACUACAUACUCCUAGCAAACAGUCCAAAAAGUCAGACAAAGUGAAGGAAAAAGAUAAAGAAAAUGAACAAUCAACAAAAACAAUCAAAGUGAAAGGUGUUGACAAAUCUGCAUCAAUUGACACAGUUGAAUUUUACUUUGAGAAUACAAGACGGUCUGGAGGUGGUGAAAUUGAGGACAUCAUCAGAGACGAAGAAGAAGAGGAUGUUAUAUAUAUUACAUUUAAAAACCAAACAGAUGCAGAACGCGUCGUCAGUAAAGGCAACCACAAUGUUGAAGGUAAAACGUUGAGUGUUUCUCUGUAUACACCUUCUAUACCAGAUGCUAGUUUUGAUAUUCCGAAGCACUGGCAAUCGAUGAAAGAUAAAGAAAACUUAAAACUUGUGACUUUGAAUCAAAGAGAUACUGAGUACAGUAAAGUGGUAUCCGAGUUUACAAAAACGUUAGGAAGGCGGCCAAAUAUCGUGAAGAUUGAAAGAGUCCAGAAUAAAACAUUAUAUACACAAUACGCAGCCAAGCGUAAAGAGAUGAACGUAUAUAACCCUUACAAGAAGGAUAAUGAAAAGAUAUUGUGGCAUGGAACUGCUGACUAUGCCGUACCAAGUAUCAAUUCACAUGGUUUCAACAGGAGUUACUGUUCAAAUAAUGUGACCGCAAUAGGCCAAGGUGUAUAUUUCGCUGUCAAUGCAAACUAUGUGGACCAAGCAAUUUACACGCCACCAGGUAGUGACGGAAACAAAAGAAUGUAUCGGUGUUUGGUACUGACAGGGAAUUAUUGCAAUGGAUCAUGCAACAUGCGAGCGCCACCAAUAAUAGACAUAUCCAAGCCGAGGAUUUUCUAUGAUUCUGUCACCAACAGUACUGGAAAUCCAAUAAUGUUUGUCGUCUUCAAUGACACACAGGCAUAUCCAGAACAUUUAAUAACCUACAGAUAGACAUGUUUUUAUACAUAUUUAUACAUGUACUGCUGAAAGGAAAGGCUUCGUUUUAGAGAGAAUACGUACUUGAAAUGUAUCUAUUUCUAUUGGCUCUUAGAAUCUGUGUUGUGUUUCUUUAGCUCCUGAUUACACGUUUUGUGUAAUUGAAAGAACCAAACAAUUUAUACACGUUAUCAUUCAAUUGUAUAUUUUCUAUUUAUCGUGAUUAUCUUUCCUUUUGCAUUUUUUACCUUUAGCCUUCUGGCGGCAAGUGAUUCUGUCUUUGCGACCAGUGAAAACCAAGAACCGCCUGUACAUCCGUUCGCUAUUAAGUCUGUAAAUUUUCAGCGAACACCCCUUUUAAAAAGAAUAAUGGUUAUUGCCCAAAUUGAAUGACGGACCAGUCCCCUUUAGAAAGUUAGCAGGGUAAGGGUUAAUGUAUUUGAAAUUUUUUCGUCUAUAUAAUAUAUAAGCAAAAUCAAGAAUUAAUCAGGUGAACGGUUUCAACCAACCUACUACUAUUAACAUACUUUGACUGAGUUUGUUCAUGGGAGGUAAUGAAAAUUGCAACACCCUUAUGUCCCCUAGCAUCGGCUUAAGUGUUUAAGCGAACUAACAUUGGAUGGACUACAUGAUCCUAAAUGAGAUGUAAUAUUUGUGAAAUUUUGUUAAUAUUGAAGUUACAUCCUUGAUCACGCUAUCUCGUAUACUUUUUUAAAUGACCUAGAUAGCAAAUGCUGUAUUUUACCUGAUAAUGUUUUGCAUCAGUGCAGUUGUCGGUCGUGUUCUUUUACAUUGUGAGCACUUGCUUAGCAGCCUUCUCCAAAUGUAGCCGCUUAAACAAAAUAUUUCAAUCCUUAAUCUUUAAGUAGUUUUAUUAAAACAUUCUCAGCGAAUACGUUUUGUAUGGUUAUUGUAUUUUCAUGCGAAUAUGUUGUUGAAGAACACAUAUAUCUGUCAUUUUAAGCCAGCGCACCUUGCAAACUCGCGAACUGUGAGCACUCGCUGCUAUAUAUUUCCACCGUUAAACUGAUCAGGGCUUUCUUUACGUUUUUCUAUUUUGUUUGAGAGUAAAUUUGAAAGUUAUCAACUUUGAAAGUUAUUGUAUUGUGUGCUUUUAUAAUUUUGAUUGACAGUUUCCUCGUAGUAGCGAGUCACUAAGCAAAUAGCUCUUUCAUGUAGGAGUUACUCAUGAGUCUAUCUUAAUUCAUUUUAUUUAGAUUUGUCGUUUGUGAGAGUGAUAAAUGAACUUGCUUUAUAUGUAUAGCAUAUAUCUACUGAAAGUAAAAAGAACAAAUAUAAAUUCUGAAGUGUCUUAUAGUAUUCAUUUUACUAGGAAUAAAUCAGUUAUGUUUAAUUUUUUUGAAUCCCUUCAAAUUCCUAGCCCAGUCAUUGUAAUCGCACUUAGUCUGCUACUAGCCCAUCACCAAAAAGUCGAGAUACAUUGCUUACAGAGCGAGCUACCACUGAUUAUAGGGCGAGCUGCCACUGCUUAAAGGAGGAGCUGCCACUGCAUAGAGGGCGAACUGUCACAACUGAGGGGAUGAGCUGCAAUAUUCUAAAAGCAUUACAGAAAUAAAUAACAUUUUCAAGAUGUUUUGUGCCCACGAAGUUGGGCAAUAUAUUAAAAUCGCACUGUCCCUCCGUCCAACCGUGUUGUAACUCUGCCAUACAUAAAGGGAUUUUGAAAUAACUUGGCAUAAAUGUUUACUAUAAUGAAACGACGUGUCAAGCGCAAGGCAAGUCAAUGUGAAAUGUUAACAGAAUAUGUUUCAUGUCCGGUCCACAUUUCUGCCACUGAGGAAGGGCAUUUGAAAUUACUUUGCGUAAAUGUUACUCAUAAUAAGACGACAUGUCUUGCGCAAGAUGCAGACCCCUAGCUCUAAGGUUAAGGUCAUACUUAGAGGUUAAAGGUUAGCAUAGUCUGUUUAUUGUCCGGUCCAUAACUCUGCUAUUGAU